UGUCAAAAGACAUUUUGAUGUAUCGAGGGAUUUUGCAUCUGCUAAUAUGAUAGGAGCAAAAAGUUUAAUGGGGAACUCAUGGCCGGAUUUGGACAUGCUACCAUUUGGAUGGCUAACCGAUCCUAAUAAGUGUUAUAAUGACGCUAUGGGCAAUGGCAAAGUCGCCCCUUAUGUAUGGUGGCGAUGUAAGGAAGAUUGAUCCCACAACAUAUGAUCUUAUCACAAAUCCUACCCUUCUUGAGAUUAAUUCUUUUAGCACAAAUAAUAUCGAGUUUCCUUAUAUUACAAGCUUGAAGAAUGAAGAUCAGGAUUCUGGAAAGCUAAUGAGAAGAAGCUACAGAGAAACAAAAACAACAUCAUAUACACAUUCAUUAGGCCUCACUAGCUGCACUGAUUCAAAAGCAAGUGGUUGGACUAGCGAAAGUCUUGGCCUAUAUCCUGAUAGAAUCUGUUGGAAAAGGAACCUAGGAAACAAGCAUCUUGACCCCUUAUGCAUGCACAAGAGAGAACUGAACUUUGCAUCAGAUGAAGAGAAUAUGUAUCAAGAUUAUCAUCAUUUAGUUGCAGCCAACAGAAUACAAUUUUGCUUGGAUGUUUCUCCAAAACGAAAGCUUGCUUCUAAAGAGUUCAAGAGAGGUACAUUUUCGCCCUGCAGGCGGGAUUCAAAUCAGUGGCAUUUGAACUAUCUAGGAGGAAGAUUGGUGAUACUUUCAGCUUGCCAAUGUGACUCCUCAAAGAGCAUGACAGGGCACAAGAGGGAUGAACGGGCAAAGAAUAGUCACUCUUUAGAUCUUAAAAUUGAUGAAAAACUGUUGUCUCUAAAACCCUAUUAUUUUGGCUUUGUAUAUGUACGAUCUUAUAUAACUUCAAAGUAGGUAUUUUCUCACCUUA